AACAGCUCCGGCGUUUCUGUGGCUUAUCCUAGAACCAAGCGUUUGCACCGACGAGACUCCGCCGGUGACUAAUCGGUCGGAUCUGACCUUAGUUUCGCCGUCUGAUCUGAACAAUGACUGUAUCAGACGACGAAGACGAGAUUUUGGCACAUUUCCUAGAGUCCGAGGUCCUCUACGCCUAUCAAGAAGAGGAGGAUGAACCAAAAACGAAGAGAUUCCGUACUGAGGAAAAUGAUAAAGUAGAGUCUCAAUCGAAUUCAGGUAAACUGAAUAUGAAUCCGGAUUCAGUUCAACCAAACAACAAUAGCAACAAGAAAAAGAGUGUUCCUCGAAGUAUUGAAACUGGGAUUCUCAGCAAGAUUCCUCCUGAGCUUUUCACUCAUAUCCUUAAAUUCCUCUCAUCUGAGGACCUUGUGUCAUGUUCCCUGUGUGGCCAGCUACUACAUGAGAUGGGGUUUAUUGCCACCCACAAAGUAAAGGGAAUCUGCUUGGAAGAAGCAUUAUAUUCAGGAAUUGGCCACCUCAGUUCAAAGAGUGCUACAUUCAAAUGCAAGAAGCAAAAUGGAGCCAUGCAGGCACCUCUUCCUUCACAGGUGAAAGAUGACCGAAUAUUUCUGGACAAGGCAGUUGCUGAUCACGUAUCUAUGUGGAAGAGCAGACAUCGCCUAGCUGAUAAGGUGUUCACUGAUCAUGUGUGUUCCGGAAAAACUUGUUCUUACCACCAAAUUGGAAACGUAUUUGUUUGUGAGAAGACAGGGCAUGUUCAUGUGUGUGAUGAUACUUGCAGAGAAGUCAUUUUGAACCCAACCAAUAAACUUUUGGUCUGCACAAUUUCAGGCCAUUGUUUCGAUAGGUUGCCGUCACCAUCUCAAAUGGAAUUGGAUCCCUUCUUAACUUUGUGCUCAUCAAAAUCUGAGAAGCAGCAGCAGCAGCAAGGUGGUGGCACAGAUGAAGCAGAACCUUUCAUGGGAUCUGGCCGUUUUGCACGAGCUUACUUCCUGGGAUAUAACUGCGCUGAUGAGGAGCUAAAAGCUGCUUUGGGGUUCUGCUGAUCCAAAUCCUGCAUAUUUUGAUCCGGCAGUCUAUAAACGGCAACAAAUAUC